AUGGUUUUGGAACCACCGGGAUCCCUGAGCUUUACGGCCCAGACCCAGAGCUGGAUAGGAGGAAACAGGCCGGACAGCCUGCGGCCCCUCCCCGCCCUCUGGGCGGCUCCUUCCUCUCUCCUCCAGCUCCGGCGGGCAGCGGCGCUCGUGCUGUGUCACUUUCGCCAUCCGGAGCCUCCAGCCGCGGAGCCCGUAGCUACAGCGGCUUCUUCCCUUUGCGCGCGGGCCCCUAGCCUGGGAGCUAAUCCCCGGCCGCAGAGACCCAGCGCCGAGCGGACAGAGCCGGCAAAGGCAUGCGGCCGGCUGGGCACCCGGCAGCGGCGCAGGGCAGCGCGGGGCUGGGCCCGGGGCCGGUCAGGCCGGACAGCCUUUGGCCCCCACUAUCUCCAGGCCGAAAAAUUGGGAGGGGGUGCGCAGAGCGCGCUGAUUCUCUCCAGGAUCUGCGAAGGCGGCAGCAGGCGCGGGCACGAGCACCCACAGAGCGCCCCCGGCCAAGGGUCAAUCGAGGGGCGUGGGGGGGCAACGCGCGAGCGCCCGAGGCUCCUCCAGGCCCAGCCAGACCAGCCCCCGGCGCCACCGACCCUGAAAACUCCACGAAACCAAACAGACAACGCCGCCCACAGGAGGGGCUCGGACUCCCGACUGUCAUUUCACGUCAAUGGAGAGACGUACCCAACUCAGAUGCGCGGUCCCCGGGACGCCUCCCUCAGAUGCACCCAGGCUCCAGCAUCCGGCCCUCAGGGGCAGCACAGCUCCGCCGCAGACAAGCUACCGCUCCCCCCGCCCGCCGCCCCCCCCACCCCCCACCACUGCCGGCGUCCGGGACAGUCACCUGCUCGCUGAAGGACCCGAGCCGGAACCCGGGUCACCAGCCACCGCGAGCUGGCUUUUCAGAGCCUGUCAACUUAACCCCGGCUCCGCCGGACGGAUCCGUUCCCCAGGCCCAAUUACACCGCGGCGACAGGAAUGAAUAAUAAUAAUAAUUUUUUUUAAGCCAACAGAAUCACCGCCGUGGGGAAUGUCCAAAGCCGCGACCUCAGUGGAUCUACCGAUUCGGGUUCCUCCUCUGCUCCCAUCCCCCGCGCCCCCCGCGGCCCGCGGGCUCACCGUGGACGGAGGGAGGGUGCAGCCUGUCUAGACGACAGACAUCCCCGCGCCCGCGGGGACGGGCGCGCACACACACACGCGGCCGCCACAGACACAAUCAGUCACCAGAGGAGGGAGGGGC